AUGUCGCCGACUGAAGAGAUGAUGUCGAAGGUCCACGAGCUGGAUCCGCAUCUGUCGGUUCACGACGCGUUGGAGCAGGUCAAUGUUAAGGUCGGCGAUGACGAUAUCCUCGUGGAGGACGAGGAGUUGCUUCUGGAUUGCUUCCUCGGAAUGCUGAAGGAGCUCGAGGAGAAUGAGCUCGCCGAAGCUGUCCAAACAUGUCUGGGUCUGUCGUCCCAGUACAACGCGAGCAACGACCCUGAGGAUCUUAGGAAGCUAGAGGAGGUGGUCGACUCCCUUGACCCGGCUGAGUCUAUUCUCUUCGCUUCCGCCUUCUCCCACAUGCUCACGCUGGGAAAUAUUGCGGAGGAGAUUCAGAUGGCUCAUCGUGCGCGGAAGAGCAAGGUCGGGUCCAUUGAGGAGGAAGGCAGUGCGCUUACCGAGUCCAACAUAACGGAGACGUUCCAGAAGCUGAUCCGGCUGGGCAAGACGCCUGAGGAGAUCUUCGAGGGUCUGAAGCAGCAGCGCGUGGACCUCGUGCUCACCGCUCACCCGACACAGUCCAUCCGCCGCUCCCUGCUGCAGAAGCACGCCCGAAUUCGCACCCUGCUGUCUCAGCGGCACGCCCAGAAGUACACCAAGGAGAGGCAGCAGGAGCUCGUGGAGGCUCUCAAACGGGAGAUCCAAGCGGCGUGGCGCACGGACGAGAUCCGGCGCACGCAACCGACGCCGCAGGACGAGAUGCGCGCGGGGAUGAGUUACUUCUACGAGACCAUCUGGAAGGGCCUUCCCGAGUUCCUGCGCCGCGUCGACACCGCCCUGCGCAGCAUCGGCAUCGAGGAACGCCUGCCGUACAACAUCCCCAUCAUCCAGUUCUCGUCCUGGAUGGGCGGCGACAGGGACGGCAACCCCCGUGUGACGGCAUCCGUGACGCGUGAUGUGGUGCUGCUGUCGCGUCUCAUGGUCGUCAACCUCUACAUCUCGCAGAUCGAGGAACUCCUCUUCGCGAUGUCCAUGUGGCGUGGAAGCGACGAGCUCAAGGAGAGGGCUCAGGCAGUACAGGCAGGGGCAAAGAAGCACAGCAACCACUACAUUGAGUUCUGGAAGCAGGUGCCGGGCAACGAGCCAUACCGUGUGGUGCUGUGCGAGGUGCGCGAUCGCCUGUGGAACACUCGCGACCACUACCAGCAGCUCAUGGUGUCCGGUCACUCUACCUUCAGCACUGAAGACAUCUACACCUCCGCCUCCCAGCUGAUGGAGCCGCUGGAGCUCUGCUACCGCUCCCUGCACGCCUCCCUGGACGGCGCCAUCGCAGAGGGCCAGCUCCUCGAUUUCCUGCGGCAGGUCGCCUGCUUCGGUCUCUCCCUCGUCAAACUCGACAUUCGCCAAGAGUCUGACCGCCACACAGACGCUGUAGACACCAUCACGCAGCACCUGGGGCUGGGGAGCUUCAAGGAGUGGAGCGAGGAGAAGAAGGUGGAGUGGCUGGUGUCUGAGCUGCAGAACAAGCGGCCUCUCUUUGGCCCAGACAUGCCUAUGUCGGACGAGGUCCGCGAGGUGAUCUCGACGCUCCAUGUGAUUGCAGAGCUCCCGGAGGACUCUCUAUCGGCGUAUAUCAUUUCCAUGGCGACGUCUGUGUCGCACGUGCUGGAGGUGCAGCUGCUGCAGAAGGCGUGCGGGGUGACUCCCGCCCGGCGCGUCGUGCCGCUGUUUGAGCGCCUGGACGAUCUGAACAACGCGCCUAUUGUCCUUGACGCGCUCCUCAGCAUCCCCUACUACAAGGAGAUUAUCAACGGCCGUCAGGAGGUCAUGAUUGGCUACUCCGACUCAGGGAAGGACGCCGGGCGUCUGGCUGCCGCCUGGGCUCUGUACAAGGCCCAGGCGAGCCUGGUGGAGGUGGCAGGGAAGCACGGGGUGCAUCUGACGAUUUUCCACGGCCGCGGUGGGACUGUGGGUCGUGGUGGAGGCCCCACGCAUCUGGCUAUUCUGUCGCAGCCGCCUGGGUCUGUGGACGGGUCGCUGAGGGUGACGGUGCAGGGAGAGGUCAUUGAGCAAUCGUUUGGCGAGGAGAACCUGUGCUUCCGUACUCUGCAGCGCUUCACUUCUGCCACUCUGGAACAUGGCAUGCAUCCCCCAGUGUCGCCCAAGCCCGAGUGGAUUGCACUCAUGGACGAGAUGUCACCGCUCUCGACCGAGGAGUACCGCUCCAUUGUCUUCAAGCAUCCGCGAUUCGUUGAAUACUUCCGAUCCGUGACCCCGGAGACUGAGUUUUCCCGCAUGAACAUUGGCAGCCGCCCAUCCAAGCGCAAGCCUGGUGGCGGUGUGGAGACCCUGCGCGCCAUUCCCUGGAUCUUCGCCUGGACACAGACGCGCUUCCAUCUCCCAGUCUGGCUUGGUCUGUCAGCGGCCUUCCGCGGUGUGCUGGAGAGCAACCCCAAGCACCUGGAGACGCUGCGCGACAUGUACCAGAACUGGCCCUUCUUCCGCGUCACCAUUGACCUCGUGGAAAUGGUGUUCGCCAAGGGUGACCCCCGCGUCGCUGCGCUCUACGAGAAGGAGCUUGCGAACCCCGAGCUGCACGAGUUUGGGGUGGAGCUGCGCCGCAAGUAUGAGGAGGCCCGCGAGCAGAUCCUUAAGAUUACCGGUCGCUCAGUGGUGCUGGAAGGAAACGCACCCCUGCGCCAGCGCCUGCUUAUCCGAGAGCCAUACAUCACACCGCUCAACGUGCAGCAAGUUCUCACGCUCAAGCGCAUGCGCUCGGGCGCCCAUGCCUCUGCCGAUGCUAACGGCCUGGCAAUGGCACGCACCAGCAGCGGGAGCAGCAGCGGAGGCGGUUCCAUGAAGUACAAUAAGCGCCAUUCCGCCUUCUUCGGCGCCGCGGUGCCCGCGGCUUCCGCCGCUCCGGCGCGUUUCUCCCGCCGACCCGCCGCGACUCCCGCCGUUGCGUCCGUCGCGCGGUCAGAGUCAGAGCCAACGCCCAAUGCGCCGCAGUCGCGCGCAAGCGGGUCGAAGAAUCUUCUCGACGCGCACAACCAGCGCAGUCAGGCUAACAGCCGCACGCUCACCACGCGUGCUGCCGCGUCGCAGGGGGAGGUCGUUGCUGGCGCAGUAGCGUCCAUCCCCACGAUCGGCUUCCUGGGCCUGGGCAUCAUGGGCAGCGCCAUGGCGCUGCGGCUGGUGCGGUCAGGCUAUCGCGUGACGGUGUGGAACCGCAGCCCCAAGAAGACGCGCCCGCUUGUCGAGGCCGGUGCAGUCGCGGCGCCAUCAGCAGCAGCGGUGACAGCAGCGUGUGACAUCACCUUCGCCAUGCUCUCCGACCCUGCUGCUGCUUUGGAAGUGGCAUGUGGGCCAGAUGGCGCAGCGGAGGGAUUGAAGCCGGGAAAAGGCUACGUGGACGCAUCAACGGUGGACGUGGAGACAGCUGUCAGGGUGGCGCAGGCCGUGCGCGCCACAGGAGCACAGUUCCUCGAGGCGCCUGUGUCGGGGUCAAAGACGCCAGCGGAGAACGGCAAGCUGAUCUUCCUUGCAGGGGGCGACUGGGACCUGUACGAGCGCGCUGGACCCAUGCUCAAUAUCAUGGGCAAGUCCACGUUCUUCCUGGGCCCGGAGGGCAGUGGGGCGGCCAUGAAGCUGGUUGUCAACAUGGUCAUGGGAAGUAUGAUGGCUUCAUUCGCUGAAGGGCUAGCACUGGGAGAGCGAGUGGGGCUGGAUAAGAACACCAUCCUGCAGGUGAUAGAGCAGGGUGCCAUCGCAAGCCCCAUGUUCUCUCUCAAGGGCCCUCUCAUGAUCGACGGCAACUAUGCACCCGCCUUCCCACUCAAGCACCAGCAGAAGGAUCUGCGUCUGGCUCUGGGUUUGGGCGACGACUUGGCACAGCCUCUGCCCGUGGCAGCUGCGGCCAACGAGGUGUUCAAGAAGGCGCGGCGGGAGGGGCAUGGCCGGGACGACUUCAGCGCCGUGUUUGAAGCUGUGAGGCUGCAGCAGCGCGAGGACUGA